GAGGUCACGGCGCGGUGCAUUCUGGGUUGGCGUAGCCAUGGCGGCCCGUGUCCUUUCCGCCUGUGUCCGCCGCCUGCCCGCGGUCUACGCACCGCUGUCCCAGCUUCCCACACUGGCCUUGUCUCGGCCGCUCAGCACCACUCUCCGCACUGAGGGAACCUGGAGGAGACCCGGGACUCUGCAGCCCGCCUUGGCCCUCGCGCAGGUGCCUGGAAAGGUCACACACCUGUGCCGCCAGUACAGUGAUGCACCCCCAUUGACGUUAGAGGGAAUCAAAGACCGAGUUCUGUAUGUCUUGAAACUCUAUGACAAAAUUGACCCAGAAAAGCUCUCAGUAAAUUCUCAUUUUAUGAAGGACCUGGGCUUAGACAGUUUGGACCAAGUGGAGAUUAUUAUGGCCAUGGAAGAUGAAUUUGGGUUUGAAAUCCCUGAUAUAGAUGCAGAGAAGUUAAUGUGUCCACAAGAAAUUGUAGAUUACAUUGCAGAUAAGAAGGAUGUGUAUGAAUAAAGUAUCAGGGUUUUCCCCCUGGAGAUGGAGAUGGAUUCCAGGGCAUUGAACAUGUUAAGAGAAGUGCUCUGCCACUGUUACACCUUCAGCUACCACCUCUCCUUUACAAUAGAAUUACAGCUUUUCUUCCUUUUUCCUCCCUUUAAACCUUCCCAUAUGCCCUUGCCUGCUCUCCUUAAAAUUCAUGGCCUCUUUGUAGGUAUAUACAUAUAUACCUAUUUAUUCCUAAAUAAAACCUGCUCAGUCCAUAUAA